CUUGGUGACCCUGUAGUCACUGCAAAAAGGAAAGAGCUAGAAGUAGCAGUAGACAUUUUCAGAAUUUUGCACAAUAACUUUAAGUUUCAUGCGUCUUUGUCAAGGCAUGCUGAGAUUGUUACUUUAAUCAGUUAUUUUAAAAGAAGCCAAACAUGACGGAGGACAUGUUAGGUGCAGAUAUCUGCAGGGUCUGCCGCUCUGAAGGCCUUGCAGAUAGACCUCUUUUCCAUCCUUGUAUAUGCACAGGCAGUAUUAAAUGGAUACAUCAAGAAUGUUUAAUACAAUGGAUGCGUUAUUCGCGCAAAGAAUAUUGUGAACUUUGUGGAUACCGGUUUUCAUUCACGCCAAUUUAUAGUCCAGACAUGCCACGGCGCGUGCCACUGAAAGAUGUUAUCGGUGGAUUAAUUUCUAGCAUUGUAAGAGCAGUAAAAUAUUGGUUGCAUUAUACUUUAGUUGCAAUUGCUUGGCUCGGGGUUGUUCCAUUGACUGCUUGCAGAACUUACAGAGCUUUGUUCAGUGGACCUCUGGAUCUAGUUAGGAUAAUGUCAUUACCAAUGGACAUACUGUCUACAGAAAAUAUAUCCUCAGACGUGUUUCACGGUUGUUUCGUAGUCACCUGCACACUGUUCGCGUUUAUCGGUAUAGUAUGGUUACGAGAACAAAUUUUACAUGCCGGAGGUCCUGACUGGCUCGAAAGGGACAACGUACAAUUGCCGCCCGUCGAUAACCCACCGCCUCGCGUAGAAGUACCUGCGCAACAACAUCAAGAGCAAAGAGCUCUUCAACAACAGGAGAUUCAAGACAAUAACAAUGUCCCACCGUUCGUUGACGAGCCACCGAUCUUGCCAGAUCAUUCGAACAAUGAUAAUUUAAGAAACGUAGAAGGACACAGGGCGGAGGAAAUCGACGUGUCCGAUAAUCAAAGAAUACCCGAUGCCGAAGGAAUUGGUGGCAAUGUUGAACAGCAAAUGCCCGCCAGGAGCGGCGUACAACAAGCAGAGCAACCUCCUAGAGAUAUGGAGGCCCAAGAUAUCGAACAACCAGUACCACCUAGAGAAGAGUUGCCUGCAGAAGCUGAACAAGCGAAUGCGGGUGCCGGUGAAGGUUGGAGAGAUCAAGUGCAAGGUCAGGCACAAGGAGAAGCCGAAGAAGCAAAUUGGAUUCCACUGGAGUGGGAUAGACCGGCUGAGGAAUUAACUUGGGAACGUCUUUUAGGCUUAGACGGAUCUCUUCUUUUUCUCGAACACGUAUUUUGGGUUGUCUCGCUGAAUACCCUCUUCAUCAUGGUGUUCGCUUUCUGCCCCUAUCAUAUUGGCAGUUUCGCUAUAACGGGUCUGGGAUUACAAGAGUACGCGGCUGCAUCGCACUUCGAAGGAUUAGUUACCACACUUUGUGGUUAUUGCGUUAUUGGAGUCUGUUUGGUAGUUCUUCACACAUUAGCUGCUCUUUUAGGUUUCCAACGCUCUCAGCGUAUAUUGGGUUUAUGUUAUGUCAUAGUAAAAGUUUCUCUUUUGAGUGUCGUCGAGAUAGGUGUACUUCCUUUGGUUUGUGGCUGGUGGUUGGACAUUUGUUCGUUAGCAAUGUUCGACGCCACUCUUAGAGACAGGGAAUCUUCUUUCAGACUGGCUCCUGGUACAUCAAUGUUUAUACAUUGGCUGGUAGGAAUGAUUUACAUAUAUUACGUUGCUUCGUUUAUUCUGCUUUUACGAGAAGUGCUGCGGCCAGGAGUGCUAUGGUUUUUGAGAAACUUGAACGAUCCCGAUUUCUCUCCUAUCCAAGAAAUGAUACAUCUUCCAAUUUUAAGACACGUAAGAAGACUCGUGACAUCCGCGGUUAUAUUUGGAACAGCUAUUUUAUUAAUGCUUUGGCUACCGGUGAAACUUUUAAGAUGGGCUUGGCCAGGAUUUUUACCAUACACAGUGACUGUCCAAAGCGAGGCUCAGGUGAGCGAAUUGUCAUUAGAAUUGCUGUUGCUGCAAGUCAUCCUUCCUGCAUUGCUGGAACAGUCUCAUACGCGAACAUGGUUGAAAGCUUUGAUAAGAGGCUGGUGUCGAGUGGUGGCCUGGAUAUUAGAUCUUCAGUCGUAUCUUCUGAGAGACCAAACCGAGGAUCCAGACCCGGCGGUGAUCGAGGAACCGCAGCAUCCGGAUUUAGGUGCCGCACAUCUGGCGUUAUCGCAACGAGAAGCGCCGAAAGGGUUCCAACCGUACAUCAGACCACGUUGGUUCCCUGCCCGGCUAGUCGGCCUUUUAUUCUGUGUUUGCAUUUCCCUUGUCGUUGCUAGUUUGAUCGCAAUGAUUCUCCCUGUUUGGCUCGGGCGCAGAGUAAUGGCACUAUGGAUGGUCGGAGCUCCGGCUCCGUCUCCGCCGGUCUUACCACCUACUUUGAGCGGAUCUGAAACCAGCGAAGCCACGGUAGCUCUAUCCGGACGAGUACACGAGGUGUACACCGUGGCAUGUGGAACGUACGUAUGUUGGGCUGCAGCGAGAGGAUUAGCCUUAGCAUUUUUCUGGUUACCCCGCGGUCGAAGAGCUGUUCUGGAUAGGGUAAAACAUUGGGCAAUCAUAGGUGUUAAAGCGUCGGUAGCGUUUUUCCUACUUAUUGGCCUAAUACCGCUUUUGUUUGGUCUUCUUCUUGAAUUAGUUGUCGUAGUACCAUUGCGGGUACCCUUAGAACAAAAUCCGAUUUUGUUUAUCUGGCAAGAUUGGGCGUUAGGCGUUUUAUACACAAAAAUAGCAACCGCCAUUACCAUGAUGGGGCCAGAUUGGAGGAUUCGUCUUGCAAUUGAACGGGCGUACAAUGACGGUAUUAGAGAAAUAGAUUUGAAAUUCAUCGUUAUGGAAUUGGCAGCGCCGGUAAUAUGUUGCUUUGGUCUUGCUCUGGCUGUUCCUUACGCUGUAGCCUACGGUAUAAUUCCUCUUCUGAUCACAAAUUUACAGACACAAAUUCUUAUCGCUAGACAUUUAUAUCCUUUCCUUUUAUUAGUAAGUUUGGUGUGUAUCGUUAUAUAUUUCCAAAUUCGACAAUUUAAAAAACUUUACGAACACAUAAAGAACGAUAAAUAUCUGGUAGGGAAAAGACUCGUAAAUUACGAACAUCGAAAUAAGUCUCAAUCGCAGCAACAGCCGCAGGCAUCGAGCUAACGCUCUAGGUAUAAUUUGAUUCUCAACGGUGAUGUGAAAUUAACAAAAAAAAAAAAAUUCUUUGAUGUACAUUCUCUAUCGCGCUUAAUCAUAACGAGCGUUAACUUAUGUUAAUUAUACUUUAAUACUUUCUAUUAUAAUUUAUUGAUGUAAGCGAUACUGAAUAAAUUAAAAAGACUGUUAUCCGAUGUAUCGCUUUUGCGUUUGAUACAUUGCCGAAUGCCGAUAUUUUUUUAUUCGAACGAAGAUACAUUGCUUGAAAGUAACGAUCAGCAUCUUGCGCGGUAACGAAUAGACACGAUUUUCAAAAAGAUCUAAGAUUAACGUUACUUCAUUUAUUACUGAUCGAAUAAAACAUUUUUUGAAUAGAUUAUAUAUAUGAAAAAAUAUAUAUAUAUAUAUAUAUAUUUGAUCUUUUAAAGUAUAACGUACAAAAUUUAAUUAAAGUUGCAUGACACGUUUAGAGCCACUAUGAAAGUAAGACUACGUUUUAACCGAAAAUUUGUUAGUAAUGAAAUAACAUAGACAUAUUUUACUGUAAAACAUUAACGUUUAACAUAGACUUGUAUGAAAUUAAAGAGAAAAAUUUAUACUCUGAUCAUAAUAAAAUGAGGUCGUAUUUCUAAAUCUUCUAAUGUGAUAAAUUCCAACAAUUUCGGCUAAUUAUUUCACGUAAAAUUAGAAUAUAUACUUUACGCGUGGUAUAUAUAAUUUUAUGUACAAAGUUAGAUACAAGUAAGUAUUAUUUAUUUGUACACGUACCAAUCGUUUAGAAACGAAUGAAAAUGCCCGAUCAUAAACAUGUAAAGACGUUCCCGCGAUGUACAUUACAACACAUGUGAAAUAAAGAAUGUCCUUGAGAAGAAA